AGAGAGAGAGGGAGAGAGGAGAGGUAAAAGGGGGAGUUGUGUGUGCAGAGUUGUAGGAACUGAAAAGGGGCAGUACACACACUCGCUGCCUCACACAGCCAGACCCACCGGAGUACAGGUGGUUCUGGACAGAAAAUGGACACGGAGAGGAAUUAAUCAAUCAUCUACAGCUGAAGUUUGGUCCGCCAAACUAAAACUGUUUUUUUACAGACUGGGGGAACAAUCAGAACCCAGACAUCAAAUCAUUCCUACAAGGAGCAAAACAAACAAACUGACAAUCUGAUUGGUGGCGCUGCCAACUGCAGAAUUACUUUAUUCAUGAUGAAUUCUUGUUGUAGUGUGCCGAUGCAUUUCAGUAUUAAUCAAAACUACCACCAGAAGAAAUGAGAACUUUCCUUCUCAAUUGUGGUUUUGUGAAUAAACAAAAGAACAAAAUUGAUUAUCCUUCCUUAAGAGGCUGUGUCUGGCUUUAAUGUAUAAGAAAUAACACAGAACACCAGAGUAAAGCAACUUUAUUUGAAUAUAUUGGAGCUCUGAAUACAAAACAGUCUCUGGAAUGACCUUUCCAGAGUGCAAUGUUAUUCCUCACAUGCACCUAACAGCAGGAAGCUGCCAUAUACACAGUUUCCCUUCACGUCACUGAAGAGUUAUGAUCUCCAAGAUAAAGGGCUGAUCCUUUUCUCCGAAAGAAAAAUAAUCUGUGGGCUGGAGAUUGGGACACAGACGAAAAGCAUGUUUUGGUGACCAAAAUAGCUGAGGAGGAAGAGCAACGUCUGGGAAAGAAAAAAAAGGAGUAUUGGAGAGAUGCGAAUAGAGAAGACUGUUUCUCAGCCCUUUUUGCCAGAUUUUCAACAGACCACAACAAACUUGUGCAAUUUUCAUGGCAGUUGUCCAUGGGAACUCAUCCAAGGCACAUCGGAGCUGACCCUCCGGGGAGGUCCUGUUAGAUCGAGACUAAUACUUCAUUAACACCAAAGUAAGAGCGCACUUUUUCCGUCAAAUUUCAGCUGACUGCAGGACAACAUUUGGAAGGAUUAUUGCUGAAAGGGGAGCCAAAACCGGAAGCAGCAACUUGGAAAGCUAAGCUACUCCUUUCCUUUGUCCCCUGUUUGUUCCCUUGUCCAUUUUUGUGUGUUUUCUUGUUUUUCCAAACAUAUUCACUUCCUGCCAGCAAGGACUAAAACUUUCAUCUUCCAUCUGGAACGACAGUUUCAUCUUAUCAGGAGAGAAGAUUGAGCUUGACUGGAACGAAACACUCACAUAUCUCCCUGCCGAGGGCUUUUGUUUUUGCUGCAAGCAGAAGCAUUUUACCGUGGCGAUGGAGAUGGAGAAGGGACAUACGUCUAUUAGGAGAGGAGUGAGCUGGAGUCCAGGAGGACUGAGAAAACCUCUCCAGGCAACACAAAACAUGCAUACUCCUGGGACAGAGUGCAAUGCAUCACGGGAGACAACAGGAUUAAACAACGAACAGAUGAGCCGGAAAACAAAUCUGACCAGGAGCGCCAGUUUAUCAGACAAGGAGCUAAAGGAGGCUCGUGUCAGGAGUCAGAUCAUCGCUGCACAGCUCACCGUCCCUUCCAACUCCACCUCCAGAGGCGUGCAGCUCUUUAACCGGCGCAAGCAAAGGGUCAGCGCCUUCACGCUCGAAAGCUGUGGAGAGGGGUCAGAGGAGAGCAGAGCUGAGAAUGUGAAAACAAACCCCUCAUUUAACAAACUAACAUGGGCAGAGAGGAGCACUGAGGAAAAGGAUAGAGACCUGAACUUUAAGAAUAGCGCUACCAAUCCAGUCUUGUCACCACCUGGGAGAGUACAUUCAGUGGGUGGUAUCAUGGAGGAACAAGGUAAGGAUCUCUACAAGGAAGACGACAUGGAGGACAGUGUUAUCCAAGAGAGACAUUUCCUCCCUGUCAAGGAAGAGCAGGAGGGAGAUGAUAAUGCAAGAGAUAAAAUCCAUGAGGAGGACAAAGUCAAGGAUGAAAUUCCCCCUGGAAGUCAUUAUACUAAUCCAGUUCUGAUGGGGCAUGCUGAAGGUGAAGCAGAGAUAAAUGGGAGCCACACAGGGCCACUUCCCACUGGAAAGAUCCAUAAUGGCUGCCACAGUACCUCUGGACCUGAGAGGGUGUCUGUUACCACAUCCAAGCAGACAAGCACCAUCAUCAAUCGAACUGCCAGGCCCUUUUUCUCACCGCUGACAGUGCAGUCUCCAGAGGCAGUCAGCCCGGUCAUGGACAUUCCCCCUCCUCCUUCUUACAACACUCCUCCUCUCCCUGCUUUCACUGCUCCUCAACCUUUGGCGUUCUCACCUCCGCCUCCGUCAUAUCCCACACCUCCUCUACCGGCCUUUACAAGCCAACCCCCGCAGGCCUACUACUCCAGUCCACCUCCUAUGUCUCCUGUCAUGUCUCCUUCCUCCCCUCCACCAUCUCAGUUCCCUGUGUCUUCUGUAUCUCAGUACCCACCCAUGCCCCAUUAUGGCCCUCCCACAGCCCCAAAGCCCUCCACCUUCAUUCCUCAGCCUGCUGGAGAGAGGAUGCCAAUAGCACCAAUCAAAACAGGAAUACUUGAGGAGGGUGCUGCUAGAAGGGGAAGUAGGAAAGCAAUGUUCACAUUCAAAGAGAAGACAGUGGUGGCUCCGAACCCUGAGCUGCUCUCUCUGGUGCAGGGGGUGGAUGAAAGGAAGAAGCAAGGAUGUAGAUCUGUGCCUGAGCCAGCAUCCGAGGAAGAGUUGCUGGCGCUGGGUGCAGAGGCCUCCAACUUCCUCGCCAAGGAAGAGGACAGGGCAGAGGAGGCAAAAGCUCCAGAGUGGGCUUCCUGCCUCAAGACCUCCAGGACUCGUCCGAGGGCAGAGCACAGGCCAGAGCAGACCCUCACCAAUGUAUCAGGAAAGGGGGCUGAGCUGUUUGCCAAGCGUCAGUCCAGGAUGGAAAAAUACGUUGUUGAGAAGCAAAAUGCAGCACAAAUUAGGUCUCCUUCUCCCACCAUGUCUCUGCCACCAUCUUGGGUGUUUCCGUCAAACAUGCCUGGCAGAGUCAAGGCCAUUGCUAAAAACUCUGACAUGAGUGCUCAGCUUUCACAAACCCUAAAGACCCAACAAGCAGUCAAGCAAAAACCAAGGGGAAAAGCUCCAGCACCAGAGCCAAUUCCAGAGCCGCCUCCUUUAGAAAAUGGCUGCUCCAAGAUAGAGAUGGACCUGUCAAGGCACCAGCCCUACCAGCUUUCCUCUUCCCUCUUCAUCCUUAACCCAGUCAAGGACCCCAUUAGUACCCCACCCAGAAGAGCACCACAGUCCAAGAGCCUGAUAUCUACCCAGUCUUUCUCUAGACAGACUUCCUUACCUAAUAACGCUCCUUCUCACUACAGUACCCAGUGUAUGUCUCCACAGCUGCCUCUCAGCCCCACAAGAGAAGCAGAAUAUCCACCAAAUCCAGCCUAUGGGCAGCCAAGGAUCAGCUCUCCUAUGUCGGCCUUUUCUCCAGAGCGAGUGUCCUCUCCUCGGUCAGGGGUCCAGUCACCAAGGCCCACGUUUUCUGCCAAGAAGGCAGGGAUUGCCCCACAGACACCAAAGGAAUCCUCCCCAGUUGAAACCCCCAGUGAGACUCCCACGUCAACCAGGACGCCUAGACUCACCAGACGUUUCAACAGCCCAGAGGGCCCCGCCACUGGGACCUGGACUCCCAGCCUCCAAACUAAUCGGCCCUCCACCACCAUCUCUAGCCGCUCAGUUACUUCCCCUGUAUCCUCUCCCAGAGGUGCAAGAUGCCAAUCCCCUAUGGUCAGUCAGAAUAUCCAAUUUUCCCCGGUUACCUCCACUGCAGCAUCCAGAUCCUCUCAAACAUCUACAGCCACCUCUUCACGCUCUCUUCCUUGGGGUUCAAGGAGUCAGUCCCCAAUGGUGAGCCAGAAUACCCAUUCCUCCAGCAUCUCCUCCAUUCCUGGUUCCAAACUAUCACAAACGUUUAUGACUACUUCCCCUCUUUCUCCUCCUUGUGGUUCAAGAUGCCAGUCCCCAAUGGUCAGCCAGCAUACCCAAUUUUCCACUGUCACCUCAAUGUCCACGUCCAGACCCCCCCAAACAUCUACAGCCACAUCCCCCUCUCCUCCUUGGGGAUCAAGAUGCCAGUCCCCUAUUGUGAGCCAAAAUACCCAGUCUUCCAAAAUUUCCUUUGUUCCUACUUCCAAACCAACCCAAACAUCUACAGCCACAUCUCCUGUCUCUCCUCCUUGGGGCUCACGUUCCCAGUCUCCUGCACUUUCUCACACUUUAUCCUUCCCCGCCACUAAACCUCUGUACACAUCUUCUGCCACCUCUCCUGUUUCCCCACCCAAAGACAGUCGAUGCAUGUCUCCCAUUGUUAAUAACCCAGACUCUAAAGCCAACCAUCGCCUCCUGGCCAAGAACAUCAUCAAUGCAGCCAAACGUAAAAACAGCCCCUCCCCUGGAGCACUGAGCGGUCACAGCCUCCCCAUCUCCCCUCUGGGGAAUUCCCACCAUGGCUACGACUGUCACAAACCACCCAUCAGCCCUUUCCAGUCACGGGCAUUUGGGGCUCAGUCCCCUACCUUCACUAGCCCUCCUCCAACCCCAACGCAGAGGAUCUGCUCCCCUGUGAGGCUCUACAACACUCGCUCCCUCACUGACUCUGAUGCCUCUGUUGAGUCUGAAGACUCAGGCCUCCGAUCGCCUGGCCUGCACUCCUACAACACCUGUCCCCGCGGCUGGGGCGGUAGCCUGAGGGUGAAGAGAACCACCGUCUCCACUGAUCUGUGAGGGUGUUUCUGACAGGCAAUCAAGCAUGAAAUCAGUUUCAUAGACUUUUGGGGCAUUUGAUCAACCAGUAAAGGAGUUUGUGAUGGCAUUUCAUCAAACUAAUAGAAGAUACCCUUCUAUAACUUUGAAUACCGAUCCUGGACAAUGGUAAACGUUGUAUCAAGGUAGUAUUAGUAUUUUGUAUGACUCACAUUCAUAGCAUGGACUGACAAGAACAAGCUUUUUACAUAACGCAGUUGCUGUGGCUUGUACGCUUCUUACAUACCAUAAAGACUCAAAAUACAGUAGCCAAAGAUAUUACACGUUCUACACCUUUACAACAUACAUACAUUGACAGCCAUUGUUCCGGUUAAAUAGUGUUUAAGUAAAUCUGUUUUUAAUGUUAUUAAUGAAUCAUCAUUAUGUUUGCUGGUCUGACGCAAGUCCAAAUGGGAAGAGACUUAAAAAUGUUAAGGCAUAGAAGGGGCAUAUGGAAUGAAUAAUGUAUAAAUAUAUAUAGCUCAUUGCACUGUACAGUAAUUUGGCAUUAUCAUUGUAUUAGUAAAGGAUCAAAUUUAAGGAAUAUUGAUUUAGAUUAUACUGGGUAAAAUUAGUUAUUUUUCCAUGACAGAAGAAAAAACAGUGGUAGAUGGGGCACAUGCUAUUCACAUUAUCAUACAUGGUCACAGUAUUCACCACAGUUUAUUAUCCAUUUUAAUCAAUGGGAAAUACAUCAUAUGCAUAAUUAUCGCAGUGCAAUAUUCAAUUUAACACAGCUUAUGUUAUGUAUGUUAUAUGUUGCUUUAUGUACCGCAUUUGCUAAAACGAAUGUAAUCUUUACAGACAGAUUGACAGAGAAUGAGAUGAAGAGAUGAAGAGUUGUGUGUGGAGGUUCGAUGGGGCAUUGACGCACCUGUUCAAACACUGUUUCCAUGAUUCAGGAGAAAAAAAGAUUCCAAAGGUUUUUUUGCUGAAGUUUAAAUAUUGAUGAACAAUUCAAAGAACAAAUAUUAGCCGUCAACGUGCAAAUGAAAUGGCAUAUUGAUUGUAGUAGUCAUAUUGGAGGUUAAUGUUUGUAUGCCUAAGUGUUGUCGCUUUUGCUGACCACCUGUAAUGUCUUUCAUGAGGAACAGAUUAACAUAUUUUGUGCCUGUACUUAUUGUACAAAUUGCCUGUUUGGAUGAGGUUUAGGAGCAAAUGCGUAUGUACUGUAAGAGAAGGUACAACAAAGCAUUGUUGAAAAAAGGUUAGAAGAAUGUUGUAUGUUGUGAAGUAUUAAUCUAAGUGUUUUUGAGAAAAGAAUAAGAGGAAUGGAUUGUAUUUUAAAUACAUAUCUCUAAUGUACAUUCUCUUUAACUUCUGAAGUUUCUUUUUAUACUUGAUUUGCACUUCUGUUCAUUCCAUUUCAAUGGCUAAAUUGGCAUUGUUUAAAACUUGAUUUGCUCAAAAAGGUGUCAUUCACAAUAAAACCAGCAAAUAAUUAUCCUACUGUUAACAAUGAGAUCAUUCUUGCACAAUUCAAUACCUUGAUGGUGGCAAUUAGCUGUAAACCUGACUGUAGCCUUCAAACCACAUCUGGCUUUCUGUUUACACCAUUCUCAUUUUGCCCAGUCCUGUACCAGCACACACAACAGAGUAUCCCAUCACUCCUUGACAUCCAUGCCAGAAGCAUCAGCACAUUUUUCAAUAUUUACUUCUGUGUGUCUUUUGAGUGACAGGGACACCAGCUACAUGAUGACCUGGCUCCUUCAGCAGGAUUAAGUCUAUUACUGUCAUGGAUUGGUUUCAACCUGCGUCUCCUCUGGACAAACCAAACACAGCUGAAAUCCUCAAACACAGAACAUAAUCAUUGCAUUUUUUUUAGUUUUGCAAGCAGGAUUUUUCUGGUUCUGUGAUUGCAUGCCUGCAUUUUAUUUUCAAUACAGCUAAUUUUUCUCUCAAUUCAUAACUGUAUGAUGUAUGAAAAUGAAUGCUAAAUAAAGAGUGAUGGCACACCAAUUCAAAUAA